AUUAAACAAAAAUAUAUACAAGAAAGAAAAAGGUGCUCUAUUGAUCCAAUGUGACCCAUUCAAGAAUCCAAUUUUGUCGUUGUCAAUUUGUACAUAUACAUAUAUAAUAGGGUUCCAUUCAUUCAUUCAUUGUUUUCUGAUUGGAGGGUUAUCAGGAACUGUAAAUGUAAAUAGGAAUGGAGGUAAAGAAAGUGUAUUGCAGAAAGAAUAAAAGGCAAGUAGAUGUAGAUCAUAUACCAAAGUGUUAUCAGCUUCCUAGAACCACCCCUUCUUCCAAACCCACAACUCAAUUCGAUUUUCCUGCCUCUUCCUUUCAAGAACUGGAGCCACGUAGCCGCAAAGAGAUCGAAUCAAGUGUCUCAGUGUUGUGUUCAGAAAUGUCAAAUGGCACCAUAAGGGGUGCCAACGACCCGUCUUCUAGUGCAUCCACUGAGCCUCAAUAUAGAAGGCGAAAAACAUUGUUGAACGGCAUGGUUAGUUUGGUCACGGAUGCCAAGUUUUAUGGGCAAAAAGCACUUGUUCAACCUUGCAGUAGCAGAAAAGAUGAAGAUAAAGAUGAUACUUUGGAUCUCACUCCUAAUAGAUCACAAUUGACUGAAAGCUCUGAAAUGUUGCACUAUAAGAAACCCCCUAAAUCAUGCAAGGAGUCAUAUGCUUCCGCGAAAGGAGUAGAUGAUGCGAAUCACCAUGACCAAUUAUCUGAUAGGGGUGACUCAUCAAGUUCUAGCAGAGUAGGAACUGGUUGGACAGGGAGAGCAAGAAGCAAGCGUGAAAGAAAAAGGAAAGUUCAUUUUGAUGAGGUGACUUGCCCGUUGUAUACAUCAAGGAAAGUCCGUAGAUUCAAGAUAAUGCGUUCACUUGGACUUGCUGCACCAGUCGGAUCUCCUUUCAUUUCUUUGCAAUGAGAUCCAAGAUGUCUCUCCAGCAAUUGCAAUUAAUCCCUUUUUUGAAAUUUUAAUGUCCACAUUUUGUUUCUUUUCAAGCCUACAGUAGUAAUAAAUUUCUCUAUUGACCUAUCAUGAACACAAAGAAUACAACAUAUAUAGAGUAUGUAUAGCUGUGCAUAUUUCACUCGAGUUUGAGCUCUUAUUCUAUAAGAAUCCAUAUUGAGUUUUUGGAA